UUUUCUGCUUUUUUUUACCCGUUUGUUUUUUGCUUAAUUUUUGACCGACUUUUGGGACAACCAGAACAACAACCAGAAGAAGGACAACAACCACAACAUGGAUGCCGAGGCGCCAAAUCAACUUGAGAAAAAUCAGACUGCAACAGUUCCUAAACAGGAAACUGUCGAAGGAGGAGCAACGGAAGAAACGACAGGAGGAGCAGUGAAGAAGGAGGAUCACGAUGCGGAGUAUCAUCCACCAACAAGCUACCUGGAGACGAUUGUCCAUCUGUUCAAGGGCAACAUAGGACCUGGUCUUUUCGCCAUGGGAGAUGCCUUCAAGAACGGAGGUCUUCUGGUGGCGCCACUACUAACCGUGGUGAUAGCCGUGGUCUCCAUCCACUGUCAACAUGUCCUGGUGACUUGUUCCAAGAAGAUGCGGGACAUCAAGGGAGAGUCGGUGUGCGCGGACUAUGCACAGACAGUGGAGCAGUGCUUUGAGAAUGGACCACCGAAGUUGAGGGGCUGGUCCCGAACGAUGGGGCGACUGGUGGACAUCUUCAUUUGUGUGACUCAGUUGGGUUUCUGUUGCAUCUACUUUGUGUUCAUCAGCACGAAUCUGAAACAGAUCCUGCAAGCCUACGACAUCGAUAUGAAUGUCCAUCUGGUGAUGCUGCUGGCCUUUGUGCCCGUGCUCCUUAGUUCACUGAUCACGAACCUUAAGUGGCUGACCCCCGUCUCGAUGUUUGCAAAUGUCUGCAUGAUCCUGGGACUGGCCAUUACCUUGUACUAUGCCCUCAAGGACGGACUGCCGGAGGUGCAGGAACGCGCCCUCUGGACGAAUGGCUCACAGCUGGCCCUCUUCUUCGGCACCGCCAUCUUUGCCUUCGAGGGCAUUGCCCUGGUGAUGCCGCUGAAGAAUGCCAUGCGAAAGCCACACCAGUUCGAGCGGCCAUUGGGUGUGCUCAAUGUGGGCAUGUUCCUCGUCUCCGUCAUGUUCAUGUUCGCCGGAUCCGUGGGCUAUAUGAAGUGGGGUGAGCAGGUUGGUGGAAGCUUAACCCUCAAUCUGGGUGAUACCAUACUGGCCCAGGCUGUCAAAUUGAUGGUCUCUGCCGGAGUUCUUCUAGGAUAUCCUCUGCAGUUUUUCGUGGCCAUUCAGAUCAUGUGGCCCAGUGCCAAGCAGAUGUGCGGUAUUCAAGGACGAUCGCUGCUUGGAGAGCUGGGCUUUCGGACUUUUAUGGUCCUGGUGACUCUUGCCAUUGCGGAAAUGGUUCCUGCCCUGGGACUUUUCAUCUCCCUGAUCGGAGCACUAUGCUCAACGGCUUUGGCCUUGGUCUUUCCACCAGUCAUCGAACUGAUCGCUAGGAGUGAACUUAACAAAGGACCAGGUGUCUGGAUUUGUGUGAAGAACCUUGUCAUCCUGGUGAUGGCUCUGCUGGGCUUCUUCACCGGCUCCUAUGAAAGUCUCAAGCAGAUUGUCAAGCAUUUUGGCGAAGAGGAGGUGCACUGAGAACUAACAACUUACCAUGAGAAGAGCAGAGCCUUACCUCGCUGAAGAUUUAAUAAGGACUUUAGAAAUAGAAGCACAAAAACGAACAAUACAGGAAUAGCAGAAGAUCAUCAAUAUCAUCGAUAGUCUAUCAAACCUCAAAGUAAUAACCAAAAGCUUUAGUUAAAGUUAAUGCUAUAACUAACCAGAAGCCAUAAGAAACAAUUUAAACAGAGCCACCAAAAAGCAAUGCAACAUCACAGGAUCCCUUCACUAUCUUAGGAGUAUUAUCAAAAUAACACGAUCAAUAACCACAUGGAACAAUAUACCUUAACCUUAAUUAUUUACAUAAAAACAUAACAUUAUUUGCGAAUUUAUUAUCAACAAAAGAUUUGGCCAUAUUUAUAUAUAUCUAAGUGCCUCCUUUUGUGUCUUAGUAAGCGUGCAGCGCAUUUUACUUAUUAUAAUUGAUUAUUUUUUUUUAUAGAUAUUAAGUGGGAAUAAACGAUGCGACGUUUGUUUUGACGUCAUCGCAAAAUGACAAG